AAUUAGAGAAGCAGUAUGGAAGCGUUGACUGUUUGAGAGCAUAUACUCUAAUAUGCCUUACCUGUUUCUUUAAAUACCCCAUCUACUCAAUCACUCCACACCGCUUCUUCUCACAUCCUUCUCCUCCUUCAAAUUCAUUCUAUCUCUAAAACAGUAAUUGCAGAGCUACCCUCUAUCUUCAGAAGGUAUAGCUUUGGAAGAAGAGAGUAGCCAUGCCUCGACAGCAACUGCAAGUGCUCAAUGCACUUGAUACAGCGAAAACCCAGUUAUACCAUUUCACGGCGAUUGUCAUCGCCGGAAUGGGUUUCUUCACCGAUGCAUACGAUCUCUUCGCAAUUUCCCUUUGCACCAAAUUGCUUGGUCGUAUCUACUACCACGUAGAAGGUGCAGCGAAGCCCGGAACUCUACCCCCUGGUGUGAACUCCUCGGUCACCGGCGUUGCUCUUGUCGGAACAUUAGCUGGUCAACUCUUCUUCGGGUGGCUUGGUGAUAAAAUGGGUCGGAAAAAAGUCUACGGUAUGACCUUGGCUAUCAUGGUUAUAUGCUCCCUCGCUUCGGGGUUCUCGUUUGGAAGGGAACGAAGAUCUGUCAUGGCUUGCCUUUGUUUCUUCAGAUUCUGGCUUGGGUUUGGGAUCGGUGGUGAUUAUCCUCUCUCUGCUACGAUUAUGUCGGAAUACGCUAACAAGAAGACCCGUGGUGCGUUUAUCGCUGCUGUUUUCGCCAUGCAAGGGUUUGGCAUUUUGACUAGUGGGAUUGUAGCUUUAGUUGUGUCCGCUUCUUUUGAUCAUGCUUUUAGUGCUCCUUCGUAUGCAACGAACGCUAUUUUGUCUACACCCUUACAAGCCGACUACGUCUGGCGUAUUAUCCUCAUGUUUGGUGCUAUUCCAGCAGCGUUGACUUAUUACUGGCGUAUGAAGAUGCCGGAAACUGCACGUUACACUGCUCUAGUUGCAAAAAACGCUAAACAAGCGGCAUCAGAUAUGGCUCGAGUUUUGCAAGUUGAUAUUGAAGCCGAAGAGCAAAAGGUGGAGGUAAUUUCUCAGGAUACCAGAAACUCAUUCGGAUUGUUUUCAAAAGCAUUCCUCCGUCGCCAUGGACUCCACUUACUCGGAACUACCAGUACAUGGUUCUUACUUGACAUCGCUUUCUACUCACAAAACCUUUUCCAAAAAGACGUUUUCAGUGCCAUUGGGUGGAUCCCACCGGCAGCGAAAAUGAAUGCCAUAGGAGAGGUGUUCAGGGUGGCUAGAGCUCAAACUCUUAUCGCACUUUGCAGUACUGUUCCCGGAUACUGGUUCACAGUUGCAUUUAUCGAUAUCAUCGGUCGUUUCGCAAUCCAACUCAUGGGAUUCUUCUUUAUGACGGUUUUCAUGUUCGCUCUCGCUAUUCCUUACCACCACUGGACGUUACACGACAACCGUAUCGGCUUCAUCAUCAUGUACUCAUUGACGUUUUUCUUUGCUAACUUUGGUCCUAACGCCACCACUUUCGUCGUACCUGCUGAAAUCUUUCCGGCUAGGCUCAGGUCCACUUGCCACGGUAUCUCUGCAGCCGCCGGCAAAGCAGGCGCGAUAGUUGGUGCUUAUGGAUUUCUGUACGCUUCUCAGAGCUCCGACCCUAAGAAGACUGACGCCGGUUAUCCACCAGGUAUUGGAAUCAGGAACUCGCUUAUCGUUCUUGGUGUGGUCAACUUCUUAGGGAUGGUGUGCACGUUUUUAGUCCCGGAACCAAAUGGGAAAUCGCUUGAAGAAAUGUCUGGUGAGAAUGAGGAGGAUGAAGUCGAGCAGACUACAACUCACCGAACUGUUCCUGUUUGAUUUGGAACUGUUACACAACUACGAGCUUUCAAGAAACUGAUGUACUUUUGUUGGAUACGCAUGUUUGCUUUAUGAAUUAGGAAAAGAUUCAUAAAGGUCGCCAAUGAUACCAUCUUGUUUUGUUUGUAUGUCGUAACAUGCCUACGUAAUUAUUAGUUUGUUUCUCAUGUUCUAUUUUUGUAUUGUAAACUUGUAACAAUUUGAUAAAGUUGUAAGAAUUUUGUUUUAAAAUACAAUGAUAAUGAUAAGAGAAAUUAAAUAUUA